AUGUUGCCUGCAAAGAGAGCAAAGACUGAUAUGGAUGCCGAUGGUGGGCGGCUCCGAAUGCUCGAAGAAGAGCUGCAGCAAAUACAAGCAGAAGUUGAACCCAUAGAAGUGAAGAGAUCGAACCAAUCGAGGGCAGAAGCGAUCACCUACAGACCCACCUACCGAGCGGUGUUGGCCAAAAACGGUUAUCUUGUCAGGAAAACAUUAGGCAAUGGCAGUUACUCCAAGGUAAAGUUAGCUUUCUCACUGUCUAAAUCCAAGGCGUUUGUGGCCGUGAAGAUCGUUGACAGAAAUAAAGCACCCAGAGACUUCCAAACAAAGUUUCUGCCACGGGAGCUAGAUAUCUGGCCAGGAUUGAGGCAUCCUAAUAUAAUCAAAGUCCUGGAUGCUUUCGACGAUGGACGCCGUGUGUAUAUGAUUCUUGAGUAUGCCGAAAACGGCGACGUCUUGCGUUACAUCCAGAAGGUGGGCGCCUUGGCUGAGAACUUAGCUAAAGGGUGGACCUGGCAGCUUUGCGACGCCGUGCGCUAUCUACAUGAUCUCAACAUAACACAUCGGGAUCUCAAACUGGAAAAUCUUCUGCUGGAUAAAUCGUUUAGCAUCAAACUCUGCGACUUCGGAUUUGUCAAAGGAGAUUGUUUACAGUCUAUGAGUCAGACAUAUUGUGGGUCCAAGUCGUACGCUGCCCCGGAAAUUUUGAGAGGCGAACCUUACGACCCAAAGAAAGCCGACAUGUGGGCUGUUGGAGUUAUACUGUACAUUUUCGUGACAGGAAAAAUGCCAUUUGAUGAGAGCAGAGGUAAUACCGGCGUGCUGGAGGAACAAAAAAGGUUGGAAUUUCCCUGGCAGAAAUAUAAAAAGGUUAUUAUUUUGUUGAUGCUUUCAUUUGACUUGGCCGUUGAAGGGAGGAACAAUCAUCACAGUCAGCACCAUCAUCAUCAUCAUCACCAUCAUCGCCACCACUCAAGAGAUAAAGGAGCAGAGCGGCAGAUUGUACAGAGUCAAGCAACAGCGCCAGCAGCAACUUUCAAUCCUAUGCCAGCUCAGUAG